GGGUGGGAGAGGGCCCCGCUCAGCCUGAUUUACGGCUCUGCUGAAAACCGCUUCGCUCCCGCAGCAGUAGCACCGCCGCGGCGGCAGCGGCAGCGGCAGCGGCAGCAACAAGUCGGGACUUUUAGAGUAAUGCAACAGAAGGCUUUUGAGGAAAGCAGAUACCCCUGGCAGGAGUCCUUUGAGAAUGUCGCUGUGUGCCUACCAUUCCGCUGCCCGAGGUGUGGGGACCAUACCAGAUUUAGAAGCCUGUCCUCAUUGAGGGCCCAUCUGGAAUUCAGUCACAGCUACCGGGAAAGAACCCUCUUGACAAAAUGCAGUCUCUUUCCAUCCCUCAGAGACACAGACCUAGUCACUUCCUCAGAACCCCUGAAACAGGGAAAACUGCAGAGCUGUGGCAACAUAGUGAAGCAGAAACCGAGCUAUGUUAACUUGUAUAGCAUUUCACAUGAACACUCCAAGGACAGGAAGCCCUUUGAGGUGGUGGCAGAGAGGCCUGUGUCCUACGUGCAGACCUACACUACGGUGGACCUACGUGCAGACUCGCUGGAUGGGCCAAGGUCCAGCCCUGGACUUCCCACCUCAGAGACCAAAACAGCUUUCGAGGCACAUGUCAGAGAAAAAUUCAAUCGGAUGGUUGAGGCCGUGGACAGGACCAUUGAGAAGAGAAUCGAUAAACUCACCAGAGAGCUGGCCCAGAAAACUGCCGAACUGUUGGAAGUUCGGGCGGCUUUUGUACAGCUGACUCAGAAAAAGCAAGAAGUUCAGAGACGAGAGCAGGCCCUGAAUAGACAGGUGGACGUGGCCGUGGAGAUGAUCGCAGUGCUGAGGCAACGCCUGACGGAAUCCGAGGAGGAGCUUCUCAGGAAAGAAGAAGAAGUUGUUACAUUCAACCAUUUCCUGGAAGCAGCUGCUGAGAAGGAGGUUCAAGGGAAAGCUCGGCUCCAGGACUUUAUUGAGAAUCUGUUGCACCGAGUAGAACUGGCCGAAAAGCAGUUGGAGUACUACCACAGCCAGCAGGCUGCCGGCCUCCGCCGGGACGCCACUGAGCACGUGCUUACAGAUGUCUCCUCAAAUAGGAAACCCAAAUGCCUAAGCCGAGGGCACCCACAUUCUGUGUGUAACCAUCCUGAUCUCAAGACCCAUUUCCAUCCAAAAGGAAGGAGCUACCUGAAAAAGGCCAAGGAUGACAGAGCCAGCAUGCAGCCUGCUAAGUCCAUGCAUGAACAGGCUGAGUCCCCAAGAGAAUUCUGCAGACCAGCAAAGAAAGGGGAACCUCUAGGGUUUAGCCGGAAAGGCAACAUCAGGCCCAAAAUGGCCAAAAAAAAGCCAACAGCGAUUGUGAACAUCAUCUAAAAUGGUAGGUGGCUCUGGACCACCAUCACUGAGCUUUGGGGAUGUUGUUCUGGGGCCAACAUUAACUUCCUUUUAAACACAUCCUGUUGUAAGACACAUUGGGAAAGUGAAGGGCGUAACACAUUCAUUUCAUACCCAUAUAAGCACCUGGGUUAAACAAAUUAACAAAACGGAAUCUCGGUGAACCAGAAUUUUUUUUUACAAGCCCCUGUAAAUUAAAGGAAGAAAGAAUUUUUAAAAAUGGAAGCAGUCUUACUAAAAGCAGUUUUAGUAAAACAAAGCUCCAACUUCUAAAAUAAUUAGCCUAGUCUCCAGUAGUUUCCACAUCUUGAGUUCUUUGUGGUGGUCAUUAAUUCUCAGCCCCAAAGCCACACAAGAUGUCAGGCACUGGGGGGAAAAAAAAACUGAUUUUGGUGCAUCUCUGGUCUCACCCUAAGAUUGUGCUGCCAGCCUCUGUCUUGAUAGCUGCUUCUACUGCUGUGGUUGGGGAGGACAGUAAAAACCUUUUGGUCAGCACCUAUCACCAGUACAGGGUCUGAAUGGUUGGAUGCCACCAGAUUGCACAUUUAGUGCACUGUGAACCAUCCUGGAGGCACUGCAGAUGUUACUCAGCACUUUCCUAAGACCUGCUUCCCGACGAGUGUUGGCAGCUUCCGUUCGCUGUCGGCAGGACUUUCUCCUUGCUGGCCGAACUUUUCCACCUCCUGCUGCUUCUCUGCCUUUUUAUGUCUAAAAUAUAUGUUCUUUACCUUUCAACCAAGUAUCUGAAGUGUUUGUUGUACAUGGCCUUCUAAAGUAAUUUCUGAAAUAAACAAUGCACGCGGGAUCCAGAAUCUGAGAUCCUCCUCCUGUCCCUGCCUCCCUAAAACGGCCUUUGUUUCCAUAAAGAACCAUCUGUUACAAACCUCCUGCUUGACAGUUUUCUUCAAGAAUGAAUUUUCAUGUUACUGUAUGUUUUUUUUUUAAUUUAGCAAUAUCAUUGGGUCUCCUGCAGUGUUUGUAAGUACUGACAUUCUUCUGGCAACAAGAAUAAUUAUGUCCACAAAUAUAAACAUUUAUGUAUAUAUAUAUAACACAUAUAAAAUAUAUAUGUCAGGUAUAUUAAUAAUUUAUUUUUAAAUACUCAUGGAAAAGGUGUGUAUUUGUGGUGGGUGGUUUUUAAACUAUAUAUGUUCGUGUAAAUUGAAUUCUCUUACUUUAAAAAUUAAAAGUGUAACCUAAUUAACAUUAGUAGAAUUAUAUUGUUAUUGCAAUAAGCAGCAGAUUAGCAGUGUAUUAAAAACAGGUAACAAAAUAAUUGCUUAAUAUGCCAGUAAAUUGAAAAGUGUAACUUAUAUUAUACAGACGUUUUGAACUUAUAGUGAAAAUGUUGAUUUUUGAAUCUUCACUUUGACUUUUGGCUCAUGGGGGUGGGCUGCUCAUGUGGUAUAUACGCAGCUCUCAAGUGCGAAAAAACGUUGCUGUGAAUAUCACUGUUUAGGCUAAAAACUGUAAAGUUACCAUAAUUACUUAUUUUGAGAAUUAACCUCCUCCAUGGUUGUUUAUUAUUGGUGUUUAUGCCAUGAUUGCACUUUAGCAUUACACAGACUAAAAAAUUGACUUGUUUGUUGCAUUGCAUGCGCUUUUGUUCUGUAAUAUGUGUAUGCAGUGACAAUUUGUUUUUAAAGGUAGUGUAAGCCAACUUUUUUUCCCAUUUUAUUUAAUGUAACUUACAUUUUCAAUUUUCAUUUAAUAUGCCUAGAGGGCAUGACAGCUCUCUUUGACAGUGGUACCUACCCAGUGAUCUUCAGAAAGCACCGUAAUGUCAUAUCUACUCUAUGGACAUUACACAAGACAAAUGAUUUUAAAAUUUAUUACAUUAAAAUUUUUUUUUAAGUUCUAACUAAGUUCUGACCUUCAUACAAGGAGAUGCAUUAUGUAUGUUGUGCUUCCUUAGAGACAUAACUUUGCUUUUGAAACACGGGAGCCCACUCACUUCGAGGGAUAUCCCAUCUACAUGCCAUGGUCUGAACCAUGUGCCAUGCCCCACUUGGGUCUUAUUUUUAAAUAUUUUCUUUGUCCUAAUGGGCAGUCAACCUUAGGGUUGAUUUUUUGAAGAAAUCACCAAAGUUUCUGGGAAAACAUAUUCAAGUUUAAACUGAAGAAUGGAUCUAAUUUUAUUAUUUGUCUUCUAAGGAAGAAACCUUAAUUUCAACCCUCCUUUCAUUCUUUUUUCCCAAACUAGGUUACAGAUUGUUAACUGCAAAAUUCAGAUUUCUCAGACACUGUUUUCCAGGAUUGUUCAGGGUUAAUCAGUUGUAUGGAAGUUGGGAUAUUCUAUUCCCAGAAUUUAAAAAAAGUUUUUAGAUUAUGAACUAUUAUAAUAAUAAAGCUAUAUUUCUGACUAAUGUA